UUCAUCUUUCAUCAUGUUUUUUCCUGUAUUUCUAUCGCUUCAUAUUCUAAUCAAAGUUUUUGAGCAUGAAUUGACGUCAAGUGGGGCAUAGAAGUUUCCUUUGAAACUCUUUAAAUUAAAGAUUAAACUAACCAACAACAAUGAAUGAACCACUAUCCUAACGUCCUCGCUUCCUCCUGUAUUUGCGACCUUUCUCUCUUAUCCUACGUACUGGCUUCCAUUUUCAAACACUUUUUUUCAGUUUUUAUUUUCUUUUAAUCUCAUCUUUAUCUACUCUUCAAAAGUAAGCCCAUAAUUAUUGACUUUAACAAUCAAACAUAUGCAUUCAUACUACAGUGGCUUUGGUUCUUUCUCUCCGAGAUUCUUUCCAUCUGUAACAGUUGCCUAAGGCUCGAUGAAUUGAAGCAAUUGUGAUUGUUCAUACGUGCUCUGGGAGAAAUCACAUUUCUUGCAACAAUGGUUCUUGGACUGAGAAUGAAGAACCGAAAGCACAUUUCGGUGCAAGUUGAUUAUCUAUUUCAUGUACAAGAGAUUAGACCUUGGCCCUCUUUAAGAUCUGUUCAAUCUGUUUUGCUUCAAUGGGAAACUGAUGAUCAGAGUUCUGGGUCUUUGAUAUCUGGUGUUGGGGAUGGGAAAGUUGAGUUUAGUGAGUCGUUCAGGCAACAAGUUAAUUUAUGUCAGGAAGCAUCAAAAAAGGGAACUGCCCGCGAUGGUUUUCAGAAGAACUGCUUAUAUUUUUACUUGUAUGACAAUGGAAAGGACAAAAGUCAGCUCUUGGGAUCAGCUGUUAUGAACCUCGCUGAUUAUGGAAUAAUCAAGGAAGCCAUUGCCGUUAGCACUCCAAUUAACUUAAAGAAGAGCUUUAGGAAUACAGCACAACCUGUUCUGUAUCUUAUUAUUGAACCAUUCUACAAUGAUAGCACCUCCUCAUCGCCAAAAAGCAGCUUGGUCAAAGAAAUGUCAGUAUUGGGCAAGAAUGGAAGUGGAUCUUUUUCUGACUUGGUGAAAGUGGAAAAUGAUGAGGAAUGUGAGAUUGCUUCUUUUACUGAUGAUGACGAUGUUUCAUCACUGACUGUUCCAUCUUCGACUUUUGGGACUACUACUGGCUCAACUGCUCAAAAUUAUAAGAGUGGAUCAGAAUUAGCGAUGGACAGCGAGGGAAGAGUUAAUGAAUCAGAAUUAAAAAAGGACAGCCUGAGAAGGGUUAAUGGGGAGCCUGCUUUAUCCUCCAGUAUUGCAUUUGACAAGCAAGAGGUGAAUCUAGUGGUUGAAACCCUUCAAAAUAUAAAUGGGAGUGCAGCCUCUUCAUCAUCAGCAAACUUAUCCUCUGGUUCAGGAAAUGCUAUAAAUGAUCCUUCAGCAAAAAUUGCAUCCUCUAGUGUGUCUAUUCAUGCAAAGGUCAACAUGGACCAAGUAAGGGUAGAGGACUCUCCAACUGAUCUAGAGCCUGGUAGAAAAUCUUGGAGACAUGCAAAAAAUACUGUAGAGGCUGCUACAACUGAUUUGAAUGUUGAACUUUUGAAGAAGCAAGAGAACAGGCACCAAGGAAAUGGACAAGGCAAUCAGAUGUUAGAAGUAAAGAAAAUUUCUUUAGAGGACAAACUAGUUAGUAAAUUACCACAAGAUUCUGCAAAAAAGGAUGUCAAAUUAAGGGGUAACAGUAUUGCCAACAGCAGGUCCUCACUUGGAGUACAGAGUGGUACUAUUCUUAGUGAUAAACUAAAGCAAAUUAAGUCUGUUCAGUUACGUUAUAAUUCAACUGAGAGCUAUGGGCUGCUCAACAAUAGUCAGUACAGAGGGAAGGAAAAGGAAAUAAAUAAUGCAAAAGAUAAAUAUAAUGAUGGUGAGAGUAAUGCACAAAGUAUAAUGGGAGAAACAGCAAAUAGAUUUUCCAACAACAAAGUCAAACUGGAAUCUAAAAUCAAAAUGCUUGAGGAAGAAUUGAGGGAAGUUGCUGCUCUAGAGAUUGGUCUGUAUUCAGUCAUUGCUGAGCAUGGGAGUUCUAUAAAUAAGGUUCACGCUCCAGCACGACGCCUUUCUAGAUUGUAUCUUCAUGCUUGCAAAGCAAGGUCCCAAAGUAAGAGGGCAAGUGCGGCUAGAGCUGCCUUUUCAGGAUUAGUUUUGGUUUCAAAAGCCUGUGGGAAUGAUGUUCCAAGGUUGACUUUUUGGUUUUCAAAUUCAGUUGUGCUUAGAGCAAUUGUCAGUAAGGCAACUGAAAAGUUUCAAAUUUCUGAUGGACUGGGCACUAAGAAUGACAGUGGUCGAAUCACUCCUAACAAAGAAGAAAAGGAUUGUUCAGUUGAAGGAUCUGAUGACUGGGAGGACCCUCAAAUAUUUGUAGUUGCAUUGGAGAAGUUUGAAGCUUGGAUCUUUUCCCGAAUCAUUGAGUCAAUUUGGUGGCAGACUUUCACUCCACAUAUGCAAUCUGCUGCUGCAAAGGGCUCAGGGUCAAGGAAAACCUCGGGGAAGAGGUAUGGAUUGGGAGAUCAAGAGCAGGGAAAUUUUUCUGUUGAGCUCUGGAAGAAGGCUUUCAAGGAUGCCUGUGAACGGCUUUGUCCUAUUCGAGCAGGAGGGCAUGACUGUGGUUGCUUGCCAGUUCUGGCUAAAUUGGUAAUGGAGCAGUUGGUAGGUAGAUUGGAUGUGGCGAUGUUUAAUGCUAUUCUUCGUGAAUCAGCUGAAGAGAUGCCAACAGAUCCUGUGUCUGAUCCCAUCAGUGAUCCAAAAGUUCUCCCUAUUCCAUUUGGUAAAUCAAGCUUUGGAGCGGGCGCACAACUGAAAAAUUCUAUAGGGAGCUGGUCCAGAUGGCUUACAGAUUUGUUUGGUAUUGAUGAUAAUGACCCUCCUGAACAUAUGAAUGAAAUUUCUAAUGACGAGAGCAUGGAGAGUGUUACAUCUUCCAAGGCUUUCCGUCUCCUAAAUGCAUUAAGCGAUCUCAUGAUGCUUCCAUUUGAAAUGCUGGCAGACAGCUCCACAAGGAAAGAGGUAUGCCCUACAUUUGGUGUGGAAAUAAUCAGAAGGGUUCUUGACAAUUUUGUACCAGAUGAUUUUAACCCAGCACCAAUUCCACAGGCAGUUUUUGAUGCCCUGGAUUCUGAGGACCAAUGUGAGGGCGAGAAAGAUUUAGUAACAAUCAUCCCAUGCUCAGCUGCUCCUACAAUCUAUUCAGCACCCUCUGCAGUUUCACUUAUCAGCAUUAUAGGAGAAGUUGAAGGUAAAGAUCUGCAGAGGAGUGGAUCAAUGGUGCUAAAGAAAUCUUACACUAGCGAUGACGAGCUUGAUGAAUUGGAUUCACCGGUAACUUCCAUCAUUAUUGACAACUCUCGCACUUAUUCAAAUUUAGCAGCUCCCAACUGGAUGCCUAAGGGAAAUGGGGGUCGAAAAGUUGUCAGAUAUCAACUCCUCCAACAGGUGUGGAGGGAUAGCAAAUAAUAGUGUCAACUUUGUCAACUUUAUCAACUUUUUUUCCCGCUUCAGUGUUUAUAUGUUAGUAUUCCCUUUACUUUUAUAGGCAGCCUUAGUAAUAAAUUUGAUUUAUUGUACA